CGGCCAACACCUUCUACCAAGCCAAACCUCUGGCUCUAGUAGAUCUCACUCAACCAGUCAAAGUAAUAGAACCAAAGGUCGCAUCCGAACAUGUUUUGUACGAAUUCCAACAAACGCCAACCGACUCUAUAUCCAACGUGCACGUCAAGCAACUCUUCGAACCCGACUUGAAACCACCGCCUCCAAUUCAACCGAACAAUCCCCCAGCGAACAUCAUUACAUCAGAGACCAUUGUAUCGCCGGCUCAGCAGCAACCCUUCGCACAGAACAACUUGCAAACCUACAGCAUCAAGCACCAUCCCCUUUACAACGUCCAGCCCACCUUCGCAGAGCCGAAAAAAUACGUUUACGGCAAAAUCAUCGUCGACUCCACGCAGCCCGGCCAUUUCAUGAGCACCCCGACAUCGUUCCAUUCCAGCCAACAGUUCACCCCGCACUUGCCAAACCAACCCUCGCAGUUCGUGCAAUUCACGCACGGAAAGCCCAUCAUUAGCUACAUCAAUCAUUACCCAAGAAACAAUCCCACGCAAUUGCCGCCCAUCACUCAGCCGAGGUUUCGGCCGCCUCCCUUGAGCCAAUAUCAAACCAUAGACAUGCCUGUGUUGAUUGAGAAGCAGCAAAAGGAGAAGCCUAAACCUCGACCGCCGGUGAUCGAGAAGCCUGUGAAAGAAGACAACAUCGAUUCCGAAGACGACGACACCGAAGAAAAGCUGGACUAUGAAGAAAACGAGAGAGAUGAGUACGAGAGUCCGUUCGACAAGUACUUUGAGCAUGAAGAUGCGGAUGAUGAAAAAGAUCACGAGGGUUACGAAGAAACGGGUGAAGAAACCGAAGAGGACAAUAAACGGGGUUCGUCGAGUUAUUCGCGAACUGAGUACCGCCCCAAGAAGCUGCAGAAACCGAAGAAAACCCACCGGGGUAAGCACCCGGAGGAUAGAUACAUCAAGGACAAGUACAAGUCGUACAAAUACAAGCACGCUAAGAAGUCCAAAUAUCCGCAUUCCGAAUUGGAUGGAAGGUUUUCCGAGCCCAUACCGACGACGCACAAGAAGAAGAUACUGAAAGAGCAGUGGUACCUGUCGAAGAGCCUGAGGGACAAGUUUGAAAACGAAUAAUUAAUAAUUAAUUUUAAUUAAAAUUAAGAUCUCAAGCAAAGUGGUAAAAUUUGGAGUGCGACUUUGGAAAGUUUGAAUUAAAAAUUGGUACAUUACAUUUUUUAUCUGUGAACACUUUUGUU